AUGGGUUCGUUGACCGGUCUUAUAAUGGAGCAUGUGAAAACUAAAACACCGGUACAAGCAGACGGCACAAUAUUGGUAAAUGCAAUUCGUCGACCUGAUUACUAUAUUUUGCAUGAUCACGUUGAAUUAAAACGGAAGAUCGGCGGAGGAGCGUUUGGUGAGGUGCAUUUUGGUGUUUUGAGAAAGACUGACGGUACCUUGGAAGACGUCGCGGUUAAGACACUUAAAGGAAUGAUGUCAAAAAAACAACGAACUCUCUUUAUGCGGGAAGCCAAAUUGAUGCGAGGAUUCAAUCAUGCGAAUAUCGUGAAUUUUCUUGGUGUUGCACCUCAAGAAGACCCUGUCAUGAUCAUACUCGAAUUAUGUCCGAAUGGAGCGUUAAAUGCAAAGCUAAAACAAAACCCCGAUAUACUCACCUCAAAACUUGUCGAUUACGCAAUUGAUGCGGCUCGUGGUAUGGUCUACCUCUCGGCCCGAAAAGUU